GUGAAAAGAACAGUAACAAACGGUAGCGGUAUACCAGUCAAUACAAUGUUUAAUCUAAGCACAGCAGUUAUUUGUUUAGUGUUUUUACAAUUUGUUUCAAGUUUGAGUAUUAAAUCUCAGAAGUUCAAGAAAGAAAUGGAUUCACGAAUAGUUGAAAGUGGUGCACCAAUAAAGACAAUUAAAGUGAUAUCAGGGAACGAAUGUGCCAUGGUUUGUGCAAUUACUAACAGCUGCUGCUCCAGUACUUAUGACACAAACCAAGAAGUGUGUAUGUUAUUUCAAACAUGCAGCCCUAGCAUUGUGUACUCGAAAGGAUCACAAACAAUGAUUAAUAUUCAAGAAGACGCAUGCUCAGCAAGCCCAUGUCUCAAUGGCGGUACGUGUACAACUACUUCCGGUUCGGAUUACAGCUGCGAAUGUUUAUCUGGAUGGUAUGGAUCAACCUGUCAUGUCAACAUUCAAAAACUUUGCAAACCAAAUCCUUGUAAAGGUGUAAAUGGUGGCGCUGGGUAAAUGUAUGUCAAUUGGAGACGUUCACAUUUGUUUUUAUUAGUUUUAGCCUAAAUAUGUUUUAUGUAUUAUAUACAAUAUGUAUAUUUAUUUAAAUGUGUAAAUGACUUGGUUGUUGAGGUCGAAUUGUAAUUUUGUUUUACGUUAAUUUAACAUCUGUAGUUUUCUAAGUUCUCUAUUUAAAGAUUAUGCACUUUUCAAUUGUUUCAAUGUUUAACAUAUUGAAUUUUAUUUAUGAAAAAGUCAAAGUACGGCCUUCACUGUGCCCGGAAAUUUGGAAACGAUCCUGGUAAACUUAUCGAUUCUUUAAAUAAACUUAUUUUUAAAGGUUACCAUUUCAACAUCAUUGAAUAGUGUGUUUAUUGGUAUAAAUAUUGAUUUUGUUAUCAGAAAAAUGAAGAAAAAAAAUGAAUAUAAUUGUAAUGUUGUUUUACGUUAAUAUAACAUCUGUAGUUUUCUAAGUUCUCUAUUUACGGAUUAUGCACUUUUCAAUUGUUUAAAUGUUUAACAUAUUGAAUUUUAUUAAAAAUAAAGUCAAAGUGCGGCCUUAACUCUGCCCGGAAAUUUAGAAACGAUCCUGGUAAA